GUCCUCUGCCACAGGAUGUGGAGCACACAGCGUGGAACACUCCUUCCUUAGGGAGGACGUUGCAAAGCAGUGACUGGCAGAAAGGGGCCCAACCCUAACCUGUAGACUCCUUGAUCUCAAGCUUCUUCCUUCCAGAGGAAAAUGCAGCUCUGCCCUUUCUGACAUGGGUUUACCCUCUACCUACCUGGUUAGGUCCGGCCUGCCUUCAUCUUCUGACUUACCAUCUUGUUCUACUCCUGCUUCCUUGAGCUACACCGUGCUGCCUUCACGGCACCUGGUUGUGACUCUAGGAAGCCAGCACGGUGAGAUGGAAUAAAGAGCGUAGGCCAUUCCUCCUGGAGAGGAGGCCUUAGUUACCCUGAUCCAGGUGAUGGAGAAAACAUAAAGAACAAGAAAUCUGCAUUCAAACAAGGCUGAACAAAAAUGUUUGAGCAAAGUGAGACUGGGAAAAUAGAGGAGAUUUUCACAACGAACACCAUGGCCUUUGAGACCACAGCGAUCACAUUCUUCUUCAUCCUGCUUAUCUGCUUCAUUUGUAUCCUCUUCUUACUGGCAAUUUUUCUAUAUAAAUGUUACAGAGGUCACAACCAUGAAGAGCCACUGAAGACCCUCUGUACAGGCGAAGACUGCAUAGCUGCUAAUGCAGAGAUGGAUAAACCUGAAGAUCAAGACAAGGUCCUACUGCACUUUUUAAACAUGGGCUUGCCAAUGAGGCCUAGCAUUCUUGUGCAAAGGCAGAGUAAAGAAGAGAUGGCCACAUCCUUAGGAGACAACAUCAAGGCAGAAGACUACAAAAAGAGACAGACAUAUGAGCUUGUGAAUGCUAGAGAAACCAACCAUGAGGGUGAGCUUGCUGAGAAAAUGCCCAUACAUGUCCACAGAUCUUCAGCUGCAGGAAGCCAAAAACGACCUUUAAAAGGAGUGACAUUUUCUAAGGAGGUGAUCGUUGUGGAUCUUGGAAAAGAAUACCCUACACCUCGAAGCUAUGCUCGAGAACAUAAGGAAAGGAAAUGAAGUGUAGAAAAAGCUGUGCGAGAAGUGUAACCUUUGACCAGCUUGGAUCGACUGGGGGUACUGGGUCCUGUCAAGGCAGCAGAAGGAUGAGAAGUGAGCAAAUACAGACGGGAUUCUGCCUUCAUGGAAGAAGAGAACUGUGCAAAACUCUGUACGUAAAAGUAAAAUACUGAGCUAGAAUAUAGUUUUUAACAAACAAAUCUGAGCUUGGUAAGUUGACUAUAAUAAAUAUCCUUAAAUGUC